AUGGAGCCUGGACCGGUGGCGACGCUUGCAGACGAAUUUUUGGCUGAUUUGGGCGAUGAUGAUGAUCUGAAUGAAGAGAAUGGAGAGGAGCAGGUCGAAGAUGUGGAGGGCAAGGGCAAGGAGAAGGAGAGUGACAUGGACCUGGUCGAGAAGGCCCUCGAGAUCGACGAUGUACACAAGGUGGCGAAGCUGCGAUCAAGUGCCCGCCUGCGUUCCAUCACGGAUCGAAUUCAGAAAUUUGCACAGGAGGGCUCUUCCCUUGGAUCCACGGCUGGUGCCAGCCUCGAGGACCACCCCGAGUAUGAGCUCAUCGUCGAGGCAACCAACAUGACGCUGGAGCUGGGCGAGGAGAUGUCGAUCGUGCACAAGUUCAUCAGGGACAACUACGCCAAGCGGUUCCCUGAGCUCGAGUCCAUCGUCACCAGUCCGGUGGACUACGCCAACGCCGUGAAGAGGAUCGGUAAUCAAACGGACAUCACGCUGAUCGACCUCACCGACAUUCUGCCGGCGGCGAUCAUCAUGAUCGUGUCGGUGACGGCGUCCACCACCGAGGGCACGCCCAUCGACGACGAGCAGAUGAGCCGGGUCAUCGAGGCCUGCGACGAAAUGCUGGCGCUCGAGCAGGACCGUAUCCGCAUUCUCACCUACGUCGAGGGCCGGAUGGACAUCGUGGCGCCCAACAUCUCGGCCAUCGUUGGCUCGUCCAUCGCCGCCCGGCUCAUGGGUAUCGCCGGCGGCCUCACCGCGCUCUCCAAGCUGCCGGCCAACAUCGUGCAGCUGCUGGGCAACAAGCGCAAGGCCAGCACAGGCCUGUCUGCCGGCGGCAUCCACGCGGGCCUCAUCAACGAGUGCGAGCUCGUCCAGCAGGCCCCCUCCUCUCUCCAGAUGAAGGUGCGGCGGCUCGUCGCGACCAAGUGCACGCUCAGCGCGCGCGUCGACGCCUUCCACGAGGCCGCGCACGGCGAGGUGGGCCGCCGCUUCCGUGAGGAGAUCGAGCGCAAGAUCGAGAAGUGGCAGGAGCCGCCCGCGCCCAAGGCGCCCAAGCCCCUGCCCGCGCCCGACGACCAGCCCCGCAAGAAGCGCGGCGGCAAGCGUGCGCGGAAGCAGAAGGAGAAGUUCGGCGUCACGGAGCUCCGCAAGCAGGCCAACCGGAUGGCCUUUGGCGUCGAGGCCGAGGAGACGCUGGGCAACACGGGCCGAGGGCUGGGCCUGAUCGGCCGCGGCACCGGCAAGGUGCGCCUCUCGGCCGAGCAGAAGGGCGCGCUGCCCCGGCCCAAGCGGGCGCGCAUCUCGGGCACGGCGUCGACGGUGCCGGGCACGGCCACGGGCCUGGCCUCGUCGCUGGCCUUCACGCCCGUGCAGGGCCUCGAGCUGCGGGUGGCCCAGACCCAGGCCACCUCCUCCGAGAAGUACUUCUCCUCCACGUCCGGCUUCGCCAAGGUGAGCAACAACACCAACAAGAAGGCCUCGUGA